AUGCAGAAACUGGAGAAGUGGAAAGAGUCUGGGGAACAAAAGAUCCAGAGGGCNCGGGGGGCUCCGAGCGCCCGCCCCGGAGGCGGCGGCGGCGGCAGCGGCCGUGCGGGCUCAGCGACCUGGGGCGGGAGCGGGGAACCCGGGCGGCGACCCCCAGGCUGGCCCGCGCGACCCGGGGACCUCGGCGGGAUCCCGGGGUUCAGGGUGAAGUGGGGAGACGAGGACCUGUCGGGCGCAGGCUCUUCCCGGCCGCGAAAGCCACACGGAGGACCUGCCCAGGAAGCUUUUAACAAGAUGCAGCUGAGCGUGUCGAUAGCACAUCUUUUUACUGCUGUAUGGGGGUGUUCAGCAACUUGAAACUCAUCUCAUCUUCAGCCAAGCUGGCAUCUCACAGAGACAGUGCUCCCUGGGGAGGAUUUACUCUUGGUUCUAUACAACUAUCCUUUGAUGCCCUCUGGAAGAACACAGGAGACUUUAAACAAUGGAAGAGUGACUGUGAUAUUCAACCCCCCUCCUGCUACACUCCUCCCUGCUUAAUAACACCACAAGUGUUAAUUGUUAAUUGCUUAUUUUAAGAGAUUUUAUUAGUGAUUCACUACAGUUGGCCUGGGAUAUCUUUCCUGAGGAUGAUUGAACCAAGCCUGAAGAGUUAAGAAAAUUUUAUCUAACUACCUAUCUGCACCUUAAGUGAUAUGAUGGUUUAUUUUUCCUUCUUAAAUGAAAAGGUGAUGUCUUCUUUAAGUUAUUGUUGUAUAUGUACUUUUAAAAGACAGCCUUCUCUCUGCAUUGAUCAUUGUCAGUGAACCAUGUGUUUAAAACAACCAUGACAAAUGUGAAAUAGAGAUAAACAAAGGGAAUAUGAGAUAGGACAUAAAAGCAUGGUCUUGAAUAUCAGUCAUCUAAGAUUAGUCUCUUUUGAGGUUCCCUUUAUUUUAUCAUGUUACAUGUUACUUCAUUUACCAAAACUUUAGUUAGUCUUGUUAUAGUUAGGCUUAUAAUUGAUUUUUUUUUAAGAUUUUAUUGAGGAAUUGGG